AAAAUGAAGCAAAUGUGGAACUUCAGCAGAAAGAUGACUUUGGAUUCCCCGUGAGGUGACACUUCUUUCAAGGCCCUUGUUCUCAGUGUUCAGAGUUGGACACCAGUGUUGAAAUGUGGUGGUUUCAGCAAGGCCUCUCGUUCUUGCCUGUGGUUUUGGUUGUUUGGUCAGCUGCAUCUUUUGUGUUCUCAUACAUCACUGCAAUUGUCCUCCACCACGUGGACCCUUUGGUGCCCUACAUCAGUGACACAGGGACAACACCACCUGAGAGAUGCUUAUUUGGGAUCAUGUUAAAUAUUUCGGCUUUCUUGGGUAUGGCCACCAUGUAUGUCCGCUACAAACAAGUUUAUGCUUUGAAUCCAGAAAGAUCCAGGAUCCUGAGGCUUAACAAGAUUGGCCUCACCCUCGGCCUGAUGAGCUGCUUUGGCCUUUGCAUCAUUGCAAAUUUCCAGAAAUGCAUCCUCUACUACAUCCACGUGGUUGGAGCCUGCCUGACAUUUGGAGUAGGGGCCAUCUACAUGCUGGUUCAGACCAUCCUGUCCUACCUGAUGCAGCCAGAACUUCACAGCAAAGACAUCUUCUGGAUCCGUCUGGCCCUGUCACUCUGGUGCUGGUCAAGCAUCGUGAGCAUGUUUGUUUCCUCAGUUGUCUUAUACAGUGGCCUGUAUGGAACAAAUCUCGUGCAGAAGCUGCACUGGGACCCACAGGAAAAAGGCUACACAGCUCACAUCAUCAGCACUGCCUCUGAGUGGUCACUGGCAUUCUCCUUCCUCAGCUUUUUCCUCACCUACAUCCGAGACUUUCAGAAAAUCUCCCUGCGCGUGGCCGUCAGCCUGCACGGGCAGACCCUUCACAGCACCCCGGGCAGCUCCGGGGCCGAGGAGCGGGCGCUGCUGGUAGCAGGGAGCAUCUAAUGAAGGU